AUGUCUCACAAUCCUCAGGACUCUGGUGACUGGCAAUCCGAGUUCCUGACUUUUUCCCUAUACAGAGUUUCGCAUUCAAAAAUGAGAAAAUAUUUGGAUAUUAUGGAUCACAUACUUGAAAGUGACUCAACUAAUCCUAAAAGCCACGUCAAUUUUCCUCUUCUUUUAAAACCUCGCGUCGGCAAAAUGUCAUCGCGAGAAUCUACCCCUUCCUCAAUUCUGAUGGAUCGGGACGACUUCGACGAGACUACCGUCAGCGACGGAACUCUCAAGAGCCUACUAAAGCAAGAGAGCGAACUUCAUCUCCAGAUUGACGCAUUGCAGAUCGAGAUUGCUACCUUGGAAGAAAAAUUAGGAAAGCAAGAAAAAGGAGACGAACUCGAUGAACAGGACCUUGAAGAAUUUGAAGCACCUGAAUGGUGUGUUCCCAUUAAAGCUAAUGUGAUGAACUUUGAUUGGGAUUCUUUGGCAGCCGAGGUCCAAUUUGAUGUCAUUGUAACCGAUCCCCCGUGGCAGCUUGCUACACAUGCCCCAACUCGAGGUGUGGCUAUUGCUUAUCAACAACUACCUGAUAUCUGUAUUGAGGAUAUUCCUGUACCAAAACUUCAAAAGAACGGUUUCAUUUUCAUUUGGGUCAUUAACAACAAAUAUGCAAAAGCGUUUGAAUUGAUGGAAAAAUGGGGUUAUACUUAUGUGGACGAUAUAACCUGGGUUAAACAAACAGUCAAUCGACGUAUGGCCAAGGGUCAUGGAUACUAUUUGCAACACGCAAAAGAAACUUGUCUGGUUGGAAAAAAGGGUGAGGACCCACCUGGAUGUCGCCACUCUGUGGGAUCCGAUGUGAUCUUUUCUGAACGCAGAGGUCAGAGUCAGAAGCCAGAAGAGCUCUAUGAGUUAAUUGAAGAACUUGUCCCUGAUGGUAAAUAUUUGGAGAUCUUUGGUAGAAAGAAUAAUCUACGUGAUUAUUGGGUCACAAUUGGAAAUGAAUUGUAG